AUGGCUAACAAAGUUUUCAACGUUGCCGUUUUUUUUGUUGUGUUUCGUGAAUGUUUAGAGGCAGCUGUUAUCAUAUCUGUUCUGCUUUCUUUUGUGAAGCAAGCGAUUGGAAGUAAUGAAGUAGCAAUUUAUAAGAAGCUUAAGGCACAGAUUUGGGUUGGAGUGGCCGCAGGGUUCCUUGUUUGUCUUGCCGUUGGUGGAGGGUUUGUAGGGGCAUAUUAUUCUUUGGGUAGGGAUAUCUUUGGAAAGGCGGAGGACUUGUGGGAGGGAAUCUUUUGUAUGAUUGCUGCGGUGAUGAUCAGUGUUAUGGGGAUUGCCAUGCUGCGGAUUAAUAAGAUGCAAGCUAAGUGGCGUGUGAAGAUUGCUAAGUCGCUUGUGGAGAUUCCUGAGCAGAGGCGGGAUAGGUUUCGGAUUGGCUACAUGAGUAAGAAGUAUGCAAUGUUUUUGCUUCCAUUUGUGACGGUUCUGAGAGAAGGUUUAGAAGGUAUAGUGUUUGUUGCGGGCGCUGGUAUCACCUCGACAACAUCUAGUGCGUCGUCUUACCCUCUUCCUGUGAUUAUUGGGUUGCUUGCAGGUGGUUUGGUUGGGUUCUUACUGUACUAUGGGUCUUCCAGGUCAUCACUUCAGGUGUUUUUGGUUAUUUCCACCUGUAUCUUAUAUCUUAUUGCAGCGGGAUUGUUCUCAAGAGGGGCAUGGUUCUUCGAAAAUCAUAGGUAUAACCUCAAAACCGGUGGCGAUGCUUCGGAGUCUGGGGAUGGCAACGGUUCUUACAAUAUUAAGCAAGCUGUUUAUCACGUUAACUGCUGCAGCCCAGAAUUGGCAAACGGUUGGGAUAUCUUCAAUUCUUUGCUUGGCUGGCAAAAUACAGGCUAUCUUGCCAGUAUCCUUGCUUAUAAUCUCUAUUGGGUUCUCUUCAUCAUUAUAGUGCUGCUGAUGAUGUUCGAAGAGAAGCACAACCACCUCCCAUUCUGCAAGAACUUGAAGCUUCGUCACUUAAACCCUGGAUACUGGAUAAAAUCGAAGAAUAAACAAGAGUUGUCAGAAAACCAAAAGGAAGAGCUCUUUGGGAAAAUUGACAAUCUCGAGAUUACCCAAAAGGGGAUUUCCCAGAAGCUGGCUCCAGCCUUCACUUCUUGA